AUGUCUGGCCACAAUCCAUUCCUGGUCGAAUCAGACGACGACGAUGACGAUCGAGAGGAAGAAAACCUGUUACGAACGGCUGCCGCGCGCGCGAACGUGAUGGGUUUUGGUGGUUCCAACAUUUCGUCCUCCUCCCCUGAAAUGAUGUACGGAGGAGGAGAGGGAGAGGCAUCACACCCGAUGAAGACUACUUCUUCUUCUACUUCUUCUUCUUCGGUGUUUGCGAAUAAGAGCAGUAGGGAGAGCGUGCCGCCGUUACCGUCCGCGCCGAGGAUGACGACGAGAAGCAGUGGGAGUAAUAGUACGACGACGACGCAUACUACGACUACUGGUGGUGGUGGUGGAUUUUGGAUUUUCAGCUUCAAAUACUACCAGAAAUACUUCGACGUGGACACCGCGGACGUCCUCAGGAGGAUCAAGAAAGGAACGUACGGCGCGUUAGGCGGGGCGUUGUUUUUGGACGACGUGAAGGAGAAACCGGACUUGUACGGGGCGUUUUGGGGGUGCGCGACGCUCGUGUUUGUCGUGGCGAUGGGCGGGAACUUUGCGGAGUAUUUGGAGAGCAUGUCGUCGUCGUCGACGACGAGUAGCAAUAGGAAGAGGAUGCUGAUGAUGCGGAAGUUGUUGCAAGAAGAGGAAGAAAACGUUUUGCCGCCGCCGGCGCCGUAUUCUCCUCCUCCUGCGACGACUUCGGUGGUGAGCGCGAAAGAGCCGUGGCAAUUCGACGUGACGAAAGUCUCGCAGUGCGCGGCGAUGACGUACGCGUACGUCUUUCUCUUUCCUCUUUCAUUGUAUUUAGUAAAAAGAUGUUACGCGGGCGUUCGGAGCGCGAGUUACACCGCGUUAGUGUGCUUGUACGGCUAUUCUAUCAUGUCGUACAUCCCCGCGUCGAUAUUGUGCAUUUUUCCUGUGGAAACGUUGCGGUGGGUGGCAGUCAUGACGGCGUGCGCGGUUUCGAGCGCGAGUUUGUUUCGAAACGUAGACGCGUUGUUAAAGGGUGAAUCUGGGAAUACGAAAGCGAUGGCGAUCGCGAAAGGGAUGGGCGUCGCCAUCGUCGGUGCGAACGUGAUUUUCGCCGUCUGCUUGAAGGAGUUGUUCUUUCGGUUUUAA